UCCUAAACCUAUUGGUUAUAUUUAUAUAUUAUCUUUUUUUACAUUAGUUGGAACUUGAUACCUUCUCUCUCUUAUUUAUACUACCGUUAGCAUUGUCUCUUGCUUUAGGUGUCACAGUUUUAAAGAUGAAAAGACAAUCAUCAUCUUCUAGCCGGGGGCAAAACUCCAUUGGUUGCAUGUCCGCCAUUUCCAACCUUCUUUCCAAACACUAUAAUCGCUCAAGAUUUCUUACUACUGGGAGAAAGCAGGCAAAGGAGGCACCACAAUCUGCAACGAAAGCCCCUGAACAAACGCUAAAAGCUGCAAAUCUUCCAAGGAGUCCAACGCUGGCGGCAGAGAUACGGCGGUCAAACUGCGUUGAGACUCCUCCUAAUAUGCUAGUGGCGAGGUUGAUGGGAGUAGAUAAGUUUCCUAUGACCCCAGAAUCCACAGCCGACCGGAGAAGGAAGUUGCUUGGUGCUCUGGAGAAGUGUGAUGAGGACUUGAAGGCCCUUCAAAGGAUCAUUGAACUUGUCAGCACAAGCGUCAGCGUUGAACACAACAAUGAGAGACGAGCGCUACAACAUCAUCAGAAGCAGCAACUUAAGACGAAGCCGGGACAAGGGGACACCACGGGCGCCUGCUGCUUCUUAGAUAGAUUCACAAAGGAAUCAAUUGACGAUGCAAGAAGCCAUCGGGAUGAUGCAGGGUCGCCACUGUGGAGAAGCAAGGCCAUGGUACAGAGCGUGGAUGAAGUGUGCAAGGACAUUGCAUGGGGUGAAAGGCGGGAGAUUGGCAGAAUAGGCUUUGCGUUGCAGGAUCAAAUUUGCAGAGAUUUGAUAGACGAGAUUGUCAGAGAAAUGGGGCGCCGCUUCACCUAUUCGCUUCCCUUUGAAGCAUGUAAAAGAGGAUUGGCUUUCUAAUUGGACCAUAUGUAUUGUACCCCUGUUGACACAAAUUAUGAAUACAAGUUUGCCAAUCUAAACUUUGAUCUAACAAUUUACACUGCAAAAUUUAAAGGUAUUAUUCUGGACGAUCUAACAAUGUCCAGUGAUGAUCCUGGUAGUGGCCUUUGAUACAUGGAAUGCAUUGCCCUGGAAUAUCAAGUGUUGGGUUAUGCUUGUUGUGAGUCUUGGCAGCGUCAACGUAGUUGAAGGAUUGUUGCUAGGAAUCUCGGCAGUGCAAUAUAUAAUCCUUUAAGAGUGCCUUUGAGAUCUUGGCAAUUGAUGAGUAUUACACGAGAAUGUUUUUGACUUCUAGAAGAAUAGAGAAGGUGUUGCCAGGAUUGGAAUAUUGUUGCAGGCAAUGGGGAGCCAUUGAAUCUGUGUAGAGAGGUGACAAACCUUCUCAUAUAGCUAAGAUUGGUGAGGCCUAGAUGAGGUGACCAAGACAGUGCAAAAGCCCAUCAUCUAAAGGAUUGCUUUCUUAACCAUCUUAAUGUCGAAAGUAUAGGAGACGAGCGAUACAAUUGGUUUGCCAUCUAAGGGCUACCCCAACGAUGCACAGUAUGUCAAUAGUAAGUGUAGUUUGCGUGAACUAAGAAGUAGGUACCAUGUCCAAGAGUUACCUUGCUACUUAGCCAGGGACGAAACGCUACAGAGUGGAUUACCUCGCUUCUGAGCCAAGAAAGAGUUGCCUUUAUCUCGUUGUUGUUGACGGCAAGAUUGGAACGGCCACUUCCUUCUAUGGUGUUUUGUUAUAGCGUUGGUAGAUGAUUGCCACGAAGCCGUAAUUUGUCAAAGACAAGUCUUAGGCUGUAGUAGUAGUGCCAAAUAUUAUGGCUUGCAAGAAGGUUGUUGAUGUAGACCAAGAUAGCCUUAGUGAUGGCUAAGCAAUUGGCUUCUUUAUUGUUGAGAUUUAAGCUUUGUCACAGAACCUUUACCCUACCCACUCUUUGGUUUCAAUUUAUU